UCCUCUCCAUCUUCUUUGUUGUUCCUCUGGUUUCCCGCUACUUUUCCCCAACCUCCAUCUCGCUGUCGCAGUCGCAGAUUCUUCCGUCUCGAAUCGAUGAACUGUCGGGAGGUGAGCCUGGUGACCUCAGCCACUCUCUUCGGGGCUCUUGCCUCCGCCGUCGCUCUUGGCUUUCUCUCCAACUUCAAUCCCCUGAAGAAGAAGACGAAGACGAAGAAGCAGCAGCAUAACAAUCAACACGAACGCUCCUCCUCUCCCCUCAACGGGCCCGUCCCCGGCAAGCCCUCUCCUUUCGACCCCUCUAAACGCCAAGGGUACCUAUCUUGGGAUGACUAUUUCAUGGCCAUCGCCUUCUUGUCGGCCGAAAGAUCCAAGGACCCCAACAGGCAGGUUGGCGCGUGCUUGGUGAGCCAGAAUGGGAUUAUACUCGGCAUUGGCUACAAUGGAUUUCCCAGAGGUUGUUCCGAUGACAAGCUUCCUUGGGCCAAGAAAUCCAAAUCCGGGGAUCCUUUGGACACGAAAUACCCAUAUGUGUGUCAUGCUGAGGUCAAUGCUAUCCUCAACACGAACCACGCUUCUGCUGCUGGACAGAAACUUUAUGUGACGAUGUUUCCUUGCAAUGAAUGUGCGAAGAUUAUUAUUCAGUCAGGAGUUUCUGAAGUUAUAUAUUUUGUGGAGAAGAGGCUCAACAAUUCAGAGGUCGAAUAUAUUGCAUCUCACAAACUUCUGUCAAUGGCUGGUGUGAGAGUCAGAAAACAUAGGCCACAAAAGGAACAAAUUUUGAUCAAUUUUGAGGAGGCCGUCUUGUAGCCUUAUCCUACUUGUGCUAAUUAAUAUUCGUCAUUUGUUUGGCGUGCCAGUAUUUCGGUAAUUGUACUGUUUCAUUGCAAUACAUAUGGCUUAUGCGUGCAAUUUGGUCAAAUCAUCGGCCCUCUCAUCAUCCUCAUUCUGGAUCCUGAUUUAUAAUGAGAUGGAGUUAAAAGGGUUUUCUUUCCUUC